AUGUCACCAAAGGUCAAGAAAGCAGCUGUUGCAGCCCAGACUGGUUCUGGGACUUUAAAGAGCAAGAUUCCGUCUUCCGGGACUAUUUCUAAGGAUUUCAGUGAUGCCUUCAACGUUUCGCUAGAAUCCUAUCUGUCGCAGGUUAAGAAGGAUAACCGCUUGAAGUUGAUCGAUAUCUUUUGCGUUUUCCUGGUGGCGAUCGCUUUAGUGCAGACCGUGUUUAUGGCUAUGAUAAGAGAUACUUUCCCAUUCAAUGCAUUCUUGGCUGGGUUCAUAGUAUGUGUGGGACAGUUCGUACUACUGAUAAGUUUGAGGUUGCAAAUAGUCGAUUCAUUCCCUGGGAUCUCAAAGAACAGAGCAUUUGGCGAGUUUGUGUUAGCUAGCCUUGUUCUACAUUUUAUAAGUCUACAUUUCAUAAAUUGA